GGUUGUCUCUUUGUUGAUAAAGUCCUUUAAUGAUGAACAGAAGUUUUUCAGUGUCGUAUCUAAAAUUCAUCGUUGAAAAUUAGACCCCAAAGCAUUAUCCUGUGUUUUCUUCCAAGAGUUUCAUGAUUUUAGAUCUUACAUUUAGGUCUUUGAUUAUUUUGAGUUAGUUUUUUAUAUGGUUUGAGAUAUUGAUUCAGCCAGGCUCAUUCUUUUGUUUAUGGAAAUCCAGUUGUCCCAGAACCAUUUAUUAAAGAGACUAUUCUUUCCUCACUGGAUGGAUUUAGCAAGUUCGGUUUCCAGUAAUUAUCUGCAGGAAUCGCCAUGACCCCAGCUCUGAGGGAGGCAGCAACAAAGGGUAUCUGCUUUUCAUCUUUGCCAAGUACCAUGGAGUCUGACAAGAUGUUAUGCAUGGAAAGUCCAAGAACUGUAGAUGAAAAGCUAAAGGGAGACACUUUCUCUCAGAUGCUGGGAUUUCCAACUCCUGAACCUACUCUUAACACUAAUUUUGUGAAUUUAAAACACUUUGGCUCCCCUCAGUCUUCAAAACAUUAUGAGACGGUUCUUUUAAUGAGUUCUAAUUCUACAUUAAAUAAAUACAGUGAGAAUUAUAAACAAAAGAAAUUAGGGGAACCCAACUGCAAUAAGCUGAAAAAAAUACUGUGUAAUGGCAGCAACAUUCAGCUCAGUAAAAUCUGUCAGUCUCAUUCUGAAGAGUUCAUCAAAAAGCAACCUCUGUCAGAUACCACAAGCCAGUGCAUGACAGAUGUACAAAUUAUUUUGGAUUCAAAUAUAACCAAAGACACUAAUGUAGAUAAAGUACAAUUGCAAAACUGUAAAUGGUACCAAAAGAGAGCACUUUUGGAUAAAGUCACUGAUGCUGAGAUUAAGAAGGGUUUAUUGCACUGUGCUCAAAGGAAAAUUGGGCCUGGCCACUCAGAUGUGCCUAUUACUUCCUCAGCUGCUGAAAAAGAGGAGGAAGUGAAUGCUCGUUUACUUCAUUGUGUAAGCAAACAGAAAAUUUUACUCAGCCAGGCUAGAAGAACUCAGAAACAUUUGCAGAUGCUCCUGGCAAAGCAUGUUGUUAAGCACUAUGGUCAGCAAAUGAAAUUUUCUGUGAAGCAUCAGCUCCCCAAAAUGAAGAUCUUUCAUGAACCUACCACAGUUUUGGAUAACAGUUUACCUAAAUGCACUGAAAUUAAGCCAGAAGUCAACGUAUUGACUGCAGAGAAUAAAUUGUGGGAUGAUACAAAAAAUGGCUUUGCACGGUGUUCAGCUGCAGAAAUCCAAAGAUUUGCACUGUCUGCUACAGGGCUGUUGUCUCAUGUUGAAGAGGGUCUGGAUUCUGAUGCAACUGAUAGCAGCUCUGAUGACGAUUUGGAUGAAUGUACCAUUAGAAAAAAUGUGGCAGUUAACUGUAGUACUGAAUGGAAGUGGCUUGUAGACAGAGCAAGAGUUGGCAGCCGAUGGACAUGGCUUCAAGCCCAGAUUUCAGAGCUAGAAUACAAAAUCCAACAACUAACGGAUGUUCACAGGCAGAUUCGUGCCUCUAAGGGGAUUGUGAUCCUAGAAGAAUGUCAGCUUCCAAAAGACAUUUUGAAGAAACAAAUACAAUUUACAGACCAAGCAGCUUCAUUAAACACUACAGGGAAUCCACAGGUUCCACAAGACAGCCAAGAUUCUUUACUAGAACAAGAUUUUGAAAUGUCACCUAGCAGCCCUACACUACUUCUUCGAAACAUAGAAAAACAGAGUGCACAGUUGACUGAGAUCAUCAACAGUUUGAUUGCCCCACUCAACUUGUCCCCAACUUCAUCACCCCUCUCCUCCAAACCCUGUAGCCAUAAAUGUCUGGCUAAUGGCAUUUCCAGGAGUGCUUCAGAGAAUUUAGAUGAGCUCUCUUCCUCCAGUAGCUGGUUCCUUAACCAGAAGCACAGUAAGAAAAGGAGAAAAGACAGGACAAGACUGAAAUCUCCAUCCUUGACUAUCAUGAGUACAGCAGCCCGAACAAGGCCACUUCAGAGUUUCCACAAACGAAAACUCUACAGAUUGAGCCCUACUUUUUAUUGGACUCAGCAGACUUUGCCUUCAAAAGAAACAACAUUCUUAAAUAGCACACAAAUGCCUUUCCUGCACUCAGCUUCAACUUGGAGUAGCUGUGAACACAACUCAAAGUCUCGGCUAUUAAGAGAACAUGUAUCAGAGUUGGAUUCCUCUUUCCACUCAGUUCUAUCACUACCAUCAGAUGUGCCUCUUCAUUUUCAUCUUGAAACACUGUUAAAAAAGACUGAAAUAAAAGGAGAUCUUGCUGAAAAUAAAUGUGUAGGAGAGUGUGUCAUAUCACCAUCACCUGUACAUCGUACUUCUCUGAAUCAGUGGAGAAAUGGAUAUUCACCUACAUGUAAGCCUCAAAUAAGGUCAGAAUCUUCUGCACAACUGUUACAGGGAAGAAAGAAAAGACAUUUGAGUGAAACGGCAUUAGGAGAAAGAACUCGAUUUGAAGAAUUUGCUUUUCAACACACAGAACCAGGUUCCCACAGCAGUUUUACUGCUGUUACUAAUGUCAACGUUAUAGCAAGAACCCAGAAUUCAUCAUCACAAAAUACUGCCAGACGGAGACUGAGAAGUGAGAGUUCUUAUGACAUAGAUAACAUCGUAAUUCCCAUGUCAUUAGUGGCCCCAGCUAAGUUGGAGAAACUCCAAUAUAAGGAAAUACUUACUCCAAGCUGGAGGAUGGUGGUUCUUCAGCCUUUGGAUGACUAUAAUUUAGCUGAAGAAGAGAUAGAAGAUCUUUCUGAUGAAGUCUUCUCCCUAAGACACAAAACAUAUGAAGAGAGAGAGCAAGCCAGGUGGUCACUAUGGGAGCAAAGCAAGUGGCACAGAAGAAACAGCAGAGCUUUCAAUAAAAAUGCUGAAGGACAGGACUUGCUUUGGAAAGAAUACACUAAUGACUUCAGUAGUGGUCAGUACUGUGCUGCUCAGAGUCCUCCUGAGCUUCCUUCAGAAAGUCAUGAUCCCUGUGCACAUGGCUCCCCUUCAUUAAAUGAAAGUCAAGAAACCAAGUCUUUGUGGUGGGAACGAAGGGCUUUUCCGCUGAAGGAUGACGACACAGCAGCCUUAUUAUGCCAAGAUGAAAAAAACGAUCAGACUGAAAGGUCAAGCACAACUUUCCAUGGUGAAGUUUUCUGUACAAGUGCACCAGAGAAUGGCUACCAUCCAAAAAAGCAAUCAGUAGACAGAAUAGAAGAGUACAAAACCUUUGAUUUAGGACUUAUUAAUGUUAAAAAAAAUAGGUGACACAGAACACAUUAAGAAAACUAUGUAACUAAAGGGAAAACAGGAUUUAAAAAAAAAAAAAAAAAAAAAAAA